CUGUUGUCAGCGCCGGCCAUGGGUUGCCCGCCAAGUUUGUGAUCCACUGUAACAGCCCAGGCUGGGGCUCAGACAAAUGCGAGGAGCUGCUGGAAAAGACGGUGAAGAACUGCUUGGCUCUGGCUGAUGAAAAGAAGCUGAAAUCGAUUGCGUUUCCUUCGAUUGGCAGCGGCAGAAACGGCUUCCCAAAGCAAACGGCUGCUCAGCUGAUCCUGAAAGCCAUCUCCAGCUAUUUUGUGUCCACAAUGUCCUCUUCGAUCAAGACGGUGUACUUCGUGCUCUUUGACAGCGAGAGUAUAGGGAUAUACGUGCAGGAAAUGGCCAAACUUGAUGCCAACUAAGUCCAGAAAGCUACAGUACCAGCCCCCUCUCCUGCCCAUCGCCCUCCCCAGACCCUUAACUCAUUGUGACGCAGAGCAUCCCUUAUUUUACAUUUUGCUCAUCUAGGGGAAUAAAGGUGGGCUUUUUGUUGGGGUUUUUCCUGUUUCGUUUUGGGGGCUUUUGUUCGUUUUGUUUUGACUUUCUGACAUGUUUUACGCUGGCACUGAUAGUUGGCAUUACUGCUGUUAAUGCACUGUACACCAGGCAUCGUCUGAACUUAGUGUAAUCUAGGAGAUUUUAUAGUUUUAUUUUAAUGAAGUAUGGAUCGACGCAGAAAGCCGUUAGGAGUCCGUAGUCUUUUACUUGUGAAAGAAACAGGCCGACCCUAUUUUGUAACUGUGUUGUGGUGCUUUAUCAAUACAUUGAGUGGCGUUCCUUUCGUUUUUUAAAAGAACAGAUGCUAUAAACCUAAUUUGUGUUUGUUUAUUGUCUUAAUGAUAAACCUGAAAGAAAAAAAAAAUACAGAAACCCUCUUGUCCUUAAUUAUAUUUACAAUUUUGAAAUUGUGUGAAUUGAUUUAGUAAAAUGUUUGAACUGUU